CGUGCGUGUGUAUAAAGGAGGCUCUCAUGGCUGGGCUGGCUACUGCUUGCCGAUUCCUACAUCAGUCGGGUUUGGUAGGCCAAUGGCUCAUGGUUACGCAAGUGCCGACGAAAUUCCCAGCGUGCUGCGCGCCUGCAUCGGCAAAUUCAUGGCGGCGGCUGGACAGAUAGGGCCGCUUUUGCUCUUUGUAUUAUGGAGGACGGUGACUGCGGUUCUUCCUGGCUCUGGCGAAGGGGGAUGGCAGCAGAGCAGGCUGGGGACUGCAGCAGCAGUGACGGAGGAGGAGCGUUGCACAGUGGAGCGCCGAGCACACCUCACAUACUCCGAUUUCAUGCAGCAAGGUUCCGGGCCCUGUGUUCCCGGGAAAACCUGCUGGCCUCGUUUGGGGACAAAGUUGUUCGCCUGAGUACAGCUAAUACCUACUCCUACCAGAAAGUGGACCUGCCCUUCCAGGAAUAUGUGGAGCAGCUGCUGCACCCCCAGGAUCCCACAUCCCUAGGAAAUGACACACUGUACUUUUUUGGAGACAACAACUUCACUGAGUGGGCACCGCUAUUCCAGCACUAUUCUCCACCUCCUUUUCGUCUACUGGGAACCACCCCUGCCUACAGCUUUGGAAUUGCAGGAGCUGGAUCUGGGGUCCCCUUCCACUGGCAUGGGCCUGGAUUCUCAGAGGUGAUCUACGGUCGGAAGCGCUGGUUCCUCUACCCUCCUGAGAAGACACCAGAGUUCCACCCCAACAAGACCACACUGGCCUGGCUCCUGGAAAUAUACCCAUCCCUAGCCCCAUCUACUCGGCCCCUGGAAUGUACUAUCCAGGCUGGUGAGGUGCUGUAUUUCCCUGACCGGUGGUGGCAUGCCACGCUCAAUCUGGACACCAGUGUCUUCAUAUCUACCUUCCUUGGCUAGCCAAACAGGCAGCUGGCAAGCCCAUCGCACCAGCACAUGUCAAUGUAGUGCUCACAGACUUUAUUACAGGACAGUGGCAGCAGCAGCAACCUCAGCCCUCCCUCACCCACUUUCCAGCCCAGAAGGGGACAAGGGAGGCUCACAGCCCAGCAAGGGGUAUGCUGAGAAGGGGAGCAGUUCAGAACCCAUCAGCAGGGCUGAUGGAGGUAGGCCCAGGGACCCAAACUAUAUACAGGGACUGGAGCUUCUGUCCCCAGACCCUCCUGGGCCAGGGUGCCAGGCAGGACAUGGGGCAUCAGUAGUCCUCUACCCAGCCAUUUUCAGAGAUGAACGCAUCAAUGACUUCUUUCAUGGCCAAGUUGGGGAUGAGCUGUUCCUGGGUCAGAGGGCUCCGGGUCACAGGGUCAAAGUGCCCCACACGCUGUAACAACAAGAGUCAGAGUGUUCAAUGGUCUGAGUGUGCCUCCGAUCCCGGGCCUAAAGCCCCAUGGACCCUCACCUGCAGGUGUUCCUCAAUGUCCUUGCGGUCAUAAGUGAUACCACUGGGUGUGAUGCAGGGCUCCCGCAUCAGCUCAAAGCUGAUCUUGCCACACAAGUAGUCAGGGAUAUCCCGCUUCUACAACAUAACGGGGGAAAGAAACGUCUGGAACUGGGAACCGGAUCACCAUAUAGCACCUGCCCAUGGGCUUCAAGGAACACUCACCUUUCUUUUCUCAUCCACCUGAGAGAAGAGCUCAUCCAUGUCUGCCAUGUAUUUAUCCUGCAGAGUUGAGUGCCAUGUGUGGGCAACUCAUAUCUCCUCCACACAGACACAUACACCCUAUGUCCACCAGGGCACUCAUGUCAUGCAUGGGCCAACAGAUCCACCAUAGGCUGGGGCACGUUCCAUGCUGCACACAAGAACACACACACACACACACACACACACACACACACAAAACGACCCACAUGUGGACUAGGGGCACCCUCACGUGCUUGGCCUCAAUGCAGGCCUGCUGGGCCCGGAUGUGGCCAUCAUCUUCAUCACCCCCAUGGUUCCGCUGGCACUCUUCCAGUUCCCUGAGUGAUAACCAGAAGCUCAUCAGUGAUGUUCCUGACCAAGAAGAGACAGAGCCCUCCCCAUCUCAGGCCUCUUGCCUCCUGGCCUUCCCAUGUGUCAGUUGCUGUCCUUCAAUAAACACUUGUGUUGGUGACUCAUCGUCAA